UCUCCAGGGACAGGGCUCAGUCUGAUCCCAGGCUCAGCUGGCCUCUCUGGGCUUCAUCUCUCAAGCAGGUGUCCUCAUGUGCUGGAGCCUGUUCUCAUCAGCCUCUCGCAAACGAAAGGAUUCAGAGAAACCUGCCAGACCUCAGGGGAAGACUCAGGAAACUCUGCCUGGGAGAGACGCUUUCACUGUGUACUGGGUAGACAGAAAGUUUGCUGGAAAGUUUGCAAGUCUGUGCAAUCCUAUGUCAAAGUGCUGUCAAAUAACUGCAGACAAGACUCACAUUUGUUCCUGUCCUUGCCAUGAGGCGGGAUUACGUGGUCCAUGGGCAUCUAAAAAAGACAUUUCUUCAAAAAGCAUCGUGACAUUGAUUCUGCUUUGGGUCACUGCACUAAGCCACAUGGGUCGACUGACACUCCAGACUCCACAUCACAGGAAAGUAUAGGGAGAAAAAGCUUCAGGAGGAACUUUCCACUACCAGUGUUUGUCUGAGGAGAGAGAUUGGUGGACGCGAAACCCUUCCUCCUCCCUCUUCUGGAGACCUUGCAUCAUCUACCAAUGAAGGAAGAAUGCAAAUUGGUUGGAGAGCCAAUUAGGACCACUCAACAGAAUCUAUAGGCUCGCCAUUCAUCUCACCUUGGAGAUUUUAGAUCUCUUCAAUGCAGGAGUUGUGUUUGAUUUGCACUGUGUUGUUAUGGGAUCACAGAGAAGUUGUUGACCUCUGGAGACUCAUGACCUUGACGUUCUGGCUGGCUGGAGAACAGAGCUGGCUGUGUCCGAGGAUGAGCUCACCACAGCUCCGGGAGAGCGUGUAACUGUCCGUUCCAUCGCCACGGAGUGACGGACGGGACCAACACCACUGACACGGCUAAGAAGGCCAGAGGAAGAGAACACAAGACGGGCAUCCAGAAAGACCUGUAUCUGUUUUUGUGCUUUUCUGUGGGCUGCAAUAAUAAGGCUCUAUGGGCUAACAGAAGGAUCUGGCCAUGCCUGUUGCCAUUCGUAAUAGAAGCUGGGAGGAUCACGUGACUUCACCACGAACAGGAUUACAGUACAGCUAUGAUGACUUAGACUUGGUUUGCUGCCAUGCAAGGCACCGGCGAGGUAGAUGCGCCUCCAUGCCAGAAUGUGGCCAUCAUCAUCUUUACCCUCAGGAUGAUAUUGGAAAUGGUACAAAAAAGAUGGAGAGGAUAUUGCAAAAGUUUAAGAAUGAGACUCAACCUAACUGUGAAGAUGUAAAGAGCCAAUUGUUGACAUCUAGAGAUGCUGUCAAUGAAAAGGCACAGCUUGAGAGUGAGCAAGAUAACAGACUACUUUCAAACAACGUGGCAGAUCAAGAUGAAUUACAGCAUUCUGCUUUGGGAAAUUUGCAAACUCACAAUGGAGAUGCAGAUAAUAAGAAGCUAAACAAGGAUAAAGUGUCUUCAGCCAUUAGCUUGUCACAUCUUGUGCCUUCUGCUGAAGCGUUGGAUCAAACAAAUGGUUUAGGAAAUGUUUUGAAGGAUGGCAUCUCCUUAAACAACACAGUCAAAGAAGACUGCUCUGAGCUAACUCAUCCCAAAGAAGAAACAUCUGUGGAAAACACAGAAUCUAUGGUGAAGGUCAAUGUGGGCAGUGAGAAGUUAGUAUAUGAACACAUGAAUGUGACAAGCAGCAUCACAGAAAUAACUAAUAAACCUCCCACUUCUGAUUCAUCUGCUGACCCGUGUGAUAAUGAGGAAGGACAUUGUUGUGAAACAUCUGAACAGGCAAUUUUAAAAUGUAUUAAAACUGAACGCUCAAGCAAACCUAUGUCAUCAUCAUCAACUUCUCAAGAAGAUCAUCACAUUCCCCACACAGAAGAUGCUAAUAAAGCAAAUCUAGCAUGCAAAGAUUGCAAUAUGACUCCAGAAGAAAAUGGAGAUGGUAUUUUUAAGUGUGCUGAUGGUGAUACGUUAAACGUUGGAUGCAUUAACCCACAUGCUUGUGAAAGUUCUCAACUGAAAGAAUGUGGAGUAAUAGACAUCAUGGAUACAUGGCAUGACUGCUCGUCCAAACUCCAAACCAUCCAUGAGGGGUCGUGUCCUGAAUCUGGAGAUGAUUCUUCUGCUCAGAUAUCAGGUGAUGGGCCAGAGGAACCAACAUGCAGAGGAUUAAACACAAGGAACUGUGAAAAUCUGACAGCCUCAGAGGAUCUCAGAGAACCUCAACCUGAAGGAAUCUAUGAGGAUCAUCAGGCGACUCAAAACACUGCAGCCAAGGACUGUGAGAUGGUCCCCAAAGCUGAUGGUAGCAUUGUCAAGCUUCGCACAAGAAAGAGCUCACAUGAAGAGAGGGAGAAGGAGAGGUCCCGGCUGGACUCAAUGGUUCUACUAAUAAUGAAGCUGGAUCAGCUGGACAAAGAGAUUGAAAAUGCUCUAAGCUCCUCCCUAAAUAGCACACCCAAUUUAAAGAGGCGGAUCAUUUCUGAUGUUGACUUAGAAACUCUGGAUUCAGCCGGAAGUCUUUCAGCCUCCUCACAGUCUCUAAACACCCCACUUUAUCGCUCUUCUUCAUCGUUGUCUUCAUCAGGACCCACCGGAACCCCUGGAGCAAGACCAAAAAAUGAGACUUCUGCUGUACUUUCUGAGAACGACAGAGCAGAAAUUGAGGCGAAGGAGGCGUGUACAUGGCUGAGGGCUGCAGGUUUUCCACAGUAUGCUCAGCUUUAUGAAGAUGGUCAGUUCCCGAUUGAGAUUUCCUCAGUUACCAGAGAUCACGACUUCCUGGAUCAAGAUGCCAUAGAAGCCUUGUGCAGGAGACUGAACACCCUAAACAAGUGCGCUCUUAUGAGAUUAGAGAUCACCCCUCAAAGAAAGAGAAGUGAAGACUCUGAUGAGGAUGAGCCAUGUGCCAUAAGUGGCCGUUGGACUUUCCAGCGAGACAGCAAGCGCUGGUCUCGCAUGGACCAGCUGGACCUUGAUGUAUUCUCCCCUACUGCAGGGGACACUGGCUCCUUCGCUGCAUUCCUAUCCCAAGAUGAGCAUUUUGUUAGAGGGCCCCUUCAAAAGGAGGGUGUUAAUGCCAGUGUGGAGAGCAUCUUAACGGACCUUAGCGAGCAGCCAGAGGUGGGAUCUCUGCAUAGUACUGGUAGUGGAGGUCGAGGAGGAUCACUGAGUACCACUGUACCAUCCAGUCCUGCUACAACCAUCUCCAAUGCUAAUACAGCCACCACAACAAGAGCAAGCUCAGUUGCCAGUGUCUGUUCUUCUGGAACAUCAGGUGCCAAUGAAGACUCCAUGUCUGAUGGGCUUCCAUCGCCCCUGGAACGUGGUACCUUUGCUUUUGAUGUAAAACCAAACUUGAUAAGUAGUGCAGCUGAAAAAAGCACACGGUCAAGAGCAAAGAGCUUUUUAAAACGCAUGGAAAGUUUACGUCUACGCACCAGUAGCAAUGCAGGCUCCAAGCGCAAGAAGAAAGGUGUUCCUGGGCAUGGUAGGUUGGAGAUCAGUGGGCCAGUGCUUAAGGAGGGUCUUGAUGAAGACAAGCUGCGUCGGCUCAACUGUGUUGACAUCGCAACUCUGGAUCGAAAUGCAAACCGAAAUCGAAGCAUCUCCUAUUCAACGCAAACAAGCAGUGGGAGUGCAGGGAGUAGCCAAUCAGAAGCUAGCAGUGGGAGUGCUGUAAGUACGCCCAGUCCAGUUUCAAGAGCACGUAGUCACAGCACAGCAGCCGGGUCCAGCAAGAGAGGUGGGAUGUACUUGGAAGGUUUUGACCCAUUUAACUUUGUUGUGCUGCAACCUUCUGAAGACCAAGAUGUAAAGGAGAACCAUCAGACCCAAAAUAAGAGGAAGGAGCCCAGCUCAACUGAUGAGAACAAUCGACGCAACCGUCAGAGUUCAGAUAAUAGGCAAAUGGAGGAUGAAGAGAGUCGCGUAGAGGAAGGAGGUGUGAUCUUUUUCUAUUUGCCUGAAGGCCACAAGCCUGGCACUUUUCCUAAAGCACUUGCGGAUGGAGGAUCCUAUCAUGGUGUUGACAACACAAGUCGCCGCCCACCCCGGAGGGGCUCUUCUGCUUCACUAGACAGUCGAAUGAGUAUCUAUGAUAAUGUUCCUUUCUCGGAAGUGGGAGAUGAUGAGGACGAAGUAGGAGAGGAGGAACCAAAACUGGAGGAUGUGUUAGAGCGAGUCAGAGGUCUGCAGCAACUGGUCAAUGAAUGGCCAGAAACAGGAAUUGGGGAAGAGGAGGAGGAUGAAGAGGAAGAGGAAGGAGAUUCAGAUUCAGCCCUUGACUCUGCAUCUCCUUGUCCAUCAUCUCCACUGCAGAACCGCUUAGAAGAGACAGAGAAUGGCAGCGACCAGGACAGCACUGGAAACCCAUUAGCAGAAAGAGAUGAGACACUCAGCUCACGUGAAAGAUGUGACUCUGGAGUUGAAGCAUCACUUACUCGAGCCAACAGAACUCAGAAACUGCGCUGGCCAAGUUUCCAGAGCUCCCACAGGCCAAGUCUGUCAUCAACAGUGCUACAAGUUGGAUGUCAGUCAGUUCUGCAGAUGAAUCUACUCCAGAAAUACAGCCUUCUCAAACUUACUGCUCUACUGGAGAGAUACACGCCCACCAACAAACAUGGCUUCAGCUGGGCUGUUCCUAAGUUUAUGAAGCGGAUCAAGGUUCGCGACUACAAGGACAGGAGUGUGUUUGGCGUUCCACUGCAGGUGAUAGUUCAAAGGAGCGGACAACCCCUGCCUCAGAGCAUUCAACAAGCCAUGCGUUACCUGCGGAGCCAAUGCCUCGACCAGGUGGGAUUGUUCAGGAAAUCAGGGGUGAAAUCGCGAAUCCAAGCCCUUCGCCAAAUGAACGAAUCAUGUGGCGCUGUUGGGGGAGGAGUCAACUAUGAGGGCCAAUUAGCUUAUGACGUGGCUGACAUGCUAAAGCAGUAUUUCCGAGACCUUCCAGAGCCUCUGCUUACCAGCAAACUGUCUGAUACCUUCCUGCAGAUUUAUCAAUAUGUCCCCAAAGAGCAGCGCCUGCAGGCGGUAAGGGCUGCUGUGUUGCUGUUACCAGACGAGAACCGCGAGGCACUGCAGACUCUGCUGUGCUUCCUGAGUGAUGUAACAGCCAGCGUGGGUGAAAACCAGAUGACCUGCACCAACCUGGCCGUGUGUUUGGCCCCUUCUCUCUUCCACCUCAACACACUGCGCAGAGAGAGCUCGUCACCCAGGGUCAUGAAUAGAAAGAACACCCUUGGAAAACCUGACCAAAGAGACCUGAAUGAAAACCUGGCGGCUACUCAUGGUUUAGCGCAUAUGAUACAGGAGUGCAGAAAACUCUUCCAGAUCCCAGAAGAGAUGUCCCGAUGUAGGAACUCUUACAUGGAGCAGGGCUUGAGUCCCAUGAGGAUGGAGGUGUUGGCGGAAAACUGCGGUUCUUGCAACUACCAAAGUCUACUCAAAGACAGUAUUGAUAGCCUGCUUAAAGAAGCCAAGGACAAAUUCAAAGGUUAUGACAGCUGCUCGACUCCUGAAAACGCUGAGCUCGCAUACAAGAAGGUUCAGGACGGCUCUUCUCUGCGGCAGUGGAAAGUUUGUGUGGAUGUGCCUGCAUCGGCUGAGGAUGUCCUGCAACGCAUUUUGCGAGAGCAGGAGCGCUGGGACGAGGACCUGCUAGAGUCCAGGAUCGUGGAGACACUGGACCACAACACUGAAGUCUAUCAGUAUGUCAGAAACUCAAUGCCACCCCAUCCGCCAAGAGACCACGUGGUACUCAGGUCAUGGAUGACAGAUUUGCCCAAGGGAGUGUGUACUUUAGUGAGCGUGUCAGUGGAUCACGAGAGCGCAGCAGUGCUGGGUGUCCGUGCCAAUGUUCUGACAUCUCGCUAUUACAUCGAGCCCUGCGGAGCCAACAAGAGCCGCCUCGCACACAUUUCCAGAAUAGACUGCAGGGGUCGUUGCCCUGAAUGGUACAAUAAGCUAUAUGGUCACCUAUGUGCUGCGGAGGUGGUGCGGAUACGAGACACUUUUACCUGUCUGGACAAAUAAACACACACAUCUAUGUUGGCGUUUCAUUUCAUCUCUUAACAGACUCUAAAAUUUAGAGAGGAAGAUGAUGAAGACUAAACUCCCUUACACACACACGAUCUGAGCCCUUCAUUGAUGGACCAAGAAGCUACAAAGGUUUUGCCAUUUCGAUUACCAUCAAAUGUCAAACCCGAGAGACUGGAAAUGGGGCGUUACUGCUGCUAUGACAUCAUCAUCAUCACUGGCGCCAGAACAUUUCACCUUGUUACUGAUUCAAUUAAAGGUUGGCUAUAUAAAACGGGAGGUGCUUUUGCUUCUGAGAAGCAACUAUGUUUGUGUAUUCGUGAAUGACUGUGAGCAUAUAUUUAAUGUGUGUGUAUUAUUGACAAAUGAGACAUAUUCCAUGCACUGGCACCCGCUGCGAUAUAGUGUUUAUAUCAAUUUCUUUGUGUGUGGCAUUGUUACGGUUAUGCAAAGCUGUGUACGGUGCUUUCCUUUUUUUUUUUUUUUAAAGAGAGAAUGGACAGAAGGAUGAAUGGAUAGACAGAUGUUUGUUGGAAGAUGGAGGUGGCUGGCACACCAUUGAAAGGGAGAAAGAAUAAGUGUGAUAGGAGAAAAAAGUUGUGCAUGUAGACACGAAGACAUUGCACACUGAGUCUGACAUGCAUUUUAGUAAAUACUUUUAUGUAUAGACUUAAUGUUCCUUCAAACAUGUCUAAAGACUGUUUCCGAAAGUUCAGCUCGGGUUCAAUUUUCCGUGUUUUGUUUGGGAUUUUUAUUUUUAUUUUUUGUAUACAUUGCAAACAUUUUGAGAAGUCAUGAAUUUGAGUUGUGAACCACAAAACCUUUAAGCCAAUGGCCAAAAAAUAGACUUUAUGGGUAAAAAUCAUAGAUUUGUCUUUAAAGCCAAAAAGUAUUAUCGAAUAUCAAAUUAAGAUUUUUUUUGAAAAAAUUUCCUACUGUAAAUAAAUCAAAACCUUUUUGUUUUGUUUUUUUGUUUUUUUUUUAACAAAAUUUUUUAAAGCGAUUUUCUCUGGAUUUUUAAGUUAUUUUUUUUACCUUCAGAUUCCACAUUUUCAAGUAGUUGUAUCUUGGCCAAAUAUUGAAAUCUCAAAUUUCCAAAAAAUGUACAGUUUGUGGUCCAUGGUCACAAUUAGUAAACGGCAAAACGUUCAAUGUGAUUCACUUCGUCUUGCAGGAAAAGGCACUUUAUGACAAGCAAAGUGCAAAAUACCAAGACAGAUUUGUCCUCCAUUUAAAACGUGGCUCCAGAAUGACUAGAAAGACACAAAACAGAGAAACAGACAUCCUGAAUUGAAGUUUGAAUUGCUACUUGAUAAGAAUGUGGACUUUCCUUCCUCUCCACCCAAUAUCAGAAUUUAGACCCAAUAUUUCCUCCCUUUUUAUCAAGAGAGGACCACAAAAUCAUCUUCAAUGCUUGACUACUCGCAAUGUACAAACAAACAAAAAUAAAAAAAUCUAUCAGACUCCGUGUGCAAGGAUUCAGAAAUUUUAGAGUGACAAAUAUGAAAAUUUGGCAACAGCACCAAAAAUAAAGCUGAGACCAAUAUAAAGAUGGACCAAUUCUUCAAUAUUUAGAGCAAAGUAAUUCAACACAGGACUCCAAAGAACAGCAUAAGGCUUUUUUUGUGCUUUUGAAAUGCACUUCGAGAAGGGGAAGCCAUUUGUAGGGACUUUCAAGAGCACACAUCUGAAUCUCUUCAGGGCCCUUCUAGAAGUCAGUUAACGAAGGCAACUCAAUGCACACUUAAAACAACUCACUUAAAGGGUUGGUAGAGAGUAGGGAUGGUCACUUCCAUUUUGAAUUUGCCUACGAGGCCUGUGAUUGGUCGAGAUCAUUGCUGCAAACAAUCGGCUAUUUGACCCUAUGGGAAAAUAAAGAGAGGAGUGUCACAAAAAAUGUGAAAGGAUAAGAAAAGCUUUUUUGUUUGGGUUGGAUGUUUAGGGUUGAUUAUAGGGGCUACCAAGGUGGUAAUUUUGUCAAGAGGAUGGUAGAGAAUGUAUGAGAAGUGAUGUCUUUGUUUGUCAGUGUUAACCAGAAAUGAAGUAAACAUCUAAAAUAGUAACAAAAGCUUGCAUUUACACUUAACUACAACCAGGCCUGCGGUCACAGAGCAGAUCAGGGUGGGAGUUUGUAUGAUUGCUCAACAGAUUUCCUUUUGUUUUGGGUUUUCAGAUGACCCUGCUGAAAAUUGACCGACUGGGUUUGAUGUCUCGAUUUAUUACUACUUAUGUGCCUGUCUAUGACGGUGUAUCAUACUCGUGUGUAAAUUAAACUUAUUCUGCCAAACAGAGAAUAACGCAUGACAAUGACAGUUAAUUUAAACCUCUCUGUAUUUAUAUCACUUAUAUCAUGUUAUUAUUUUUUUUAACGUAUCUUAUUUUAUUGUAAAUGUUACACUAAGUUACAGAAAUGAGAAAAGUUGUUUAUCUUUUUUAUUAUUAAUGUUAUUUCUGUACAGAUUAAUUGUGGUCAAAAUGCACUAUUAAAUAUAUUAAAACAGCA